CUAGAGCGAGGCUGGGCUAGAGAGGCCGGCGGAGCUGGAGUCGUCCGCUUGUGGAGGCAGCAGCCGGGAGCUGGCGAGAGCGUGAGCGGGCGGCCGAGCGAGCGCAGGCGGGAGGGAGCGGCGCACGGCGCGCAGCAGCGCCAGCCCGGGCCGCGGCGGAGCCUCCGCGGAGGGAGGGCCGCCCGAGCGGGCGCCGCGGUCCCCGCCCCCACUCGGCGGGGCAGUGCCCGGUGCUCCCCCGUGCGGGGGGGCGGCGGCGGCUGAGCGGACCCCGCGGGACCUCGGCCGAGGAGCCGGCGCGGCCGCGGGGCCCUGCGAGCCGGGCCCGGGGCCCGUGACAGACGGGCCGAGGCGGGGAGAGAGGCGGCGGCGGCGCAGGCGACGGGGAGGCGGCGGCGGCGGCGACACCAUGUCAUCCCCCAGCCCCGGCAAGAGGCGGAUGGACACGGACGUGGUCAAGCUCAUUGAAAGCAAACACGAGGUCACAAUCCUAGGAGGACUCAAUGAGUUUGUCGUCAAGUUUUACGGACCGCAAGGAACACCAUAUGAAGGCGGCGUGUGGAAAGUUAGAGUGGAUCUUCCUGAUAAAUACCCUUUCAAAUCUCCGUCUAUAGGAUUCAUGAAUAAAAUUUUCCAUCCCAACAUUGAUGAAGCGUCAGGAACUGUGUGUCUAGAUGUAAUUAAUCAAACGUGGACAGCUCUCUAUGAUCUUACCAAUAUAUUUGAGUCCUUCCUGCCCCAGUUGCUGGCCUACCCUAACCCUAUAGACCCUCUGAAUGGCGAUGCUGCAGCCAUGUACCUCCACCGACCAGAAGAGUACAAGCAGAAAAUUAAAGAGUACAUCCAGAAGUACGCAACGGAGGAGGCCCUGAAGGAGCAGGAAGAGGGCACUGGCGACAGCUCCUCAGAGAGCUCCAUGUCUGACUUUUCUGAGGACGAGGCCCAGGACAUGGAAUUGUAGUGGAAAGGGCGCCUGCCUUCCAGAAGGACUGUUAUUUCCUAACCAUGAGAAGCAGACUCUGAUAUUCAUAUUUAAACAAAGCAAUUUUUUUUAUUACUAAACAAGGUUUUUAUGAAUAAUAGCAUUGAUAUAUAUAUAUUAUAUAUCACCCUUUAGAUCUUGAUUUCUUGGUCAUUUCUCAACUGAGGUGCAUAGCAUAUCCCCACAUUCCAUUUUGGUAGCAGUAUGCAGUCCGAAUGCAUGCAUUCAUAGUCCAUUUGGCCAAGUCAGCCUGUGUGCUGCUCAACUGUCAAGAAUUGCCGCUCUGAUAGGUAAACACGAGUAAACAGGAAAAGGUUGCUUCUUUUUAUUGAUGGUUCCAAAGAAAAAACCAAAUCUACCAGCUCUUGGAUGAAGAUAGAACAGUGCUUUUCCAGAGUGGAAAGGAAAAGGCUGAGAGGCAUGCUUUGCGGGCGUGUGAAGCCGGCCCUGUGUCGUCAGCUGCUCCCAAGCCCUCAGUGGCCCUUUCUGAGAAGCAGUACAAACAGGCUGGAUGAGAAGUGAGACCUAGAACCUCCCCUUCCUUUUUUUUUUUUUUUUUUUUUUUACUUGGAUUUAAGUGCAUUUUUCUGGGUAGCACAGGCCUUCUGUGCUACCAGGCCUGCGACCACCUUGGUUUCACAUUGGAGAACAUUUGGGAGGUGUUUUCUGAGCCGGUUUCUUUUGGGGGUGUAGCUUGUCAUGCAGAGCUUUCUUGAGAGAACAGGACUGAAGGAGAAAAGUGACUGGAAGAUGGAGGUAAUCUGGCCUGGGCUGGGCCUGACAGAGACCACUGCCCUGGACUGAGCGGGAGAAGCUGCAAGCAGUUUUUUGGGGGGUUUGUUUUUUUUUGUUUUGUUUUGUUUUGUUUUUUUUCUUUUUUAAUUUUUUUAUUUGUGUGAAUUGUUGGUAGACAGGUUGCAGAUUUAAUCUCACCAGGAGAGACAGUCUCCUCCCUGGGCGAGGCGCUCAGUGGACCAGCAGGUGAGGAAGACCGGUCUCAAGGCUUGAGGCCCGCACGGCCCUUGAACUCCAGUCUAUUUUCCUUCUGCACGCAUCCCAGUUGCCAACUGCUUUUGGGAAUUUGAGAGCCAGAACACCCUAACUCUGGAAUGGGCGACAAUUGAAAAAUCAUAUGGAAGUUCUUGUACCCAAAGUGGCUUGAGGCCAGGACAACCGCCGUGGUGGACGAGGAGAGGCGUGAGCUGUGAUGGAGGCAGGUGUGGUCGAGCGCUCUCCCUCGGCGGGAGCACAGGUCAGACAGUGGAAGGCCCUGGCCACUGCUGCCCGCGCUGCUCAGCUGACUGCGGCCACAGUGGCCAGCACUUUCAGGCCCGAUGGGGUAGGGGGGGUGGAGACAGUUUAGACAGCAGCUCUGCUCUGGAUUUUUUUUUUUUUUUUUCCUGAAACCAGAACAGUAGAAGUAGCCAAGCCUAAGACCUUCUGAAGACGUUUGAAUGUCCCACUGGACUAACUUUUCUCUUGAUGUGUGUUUUUAGUUUAGAAGUGCUAUAUUCCACAAGGUUUAAAGUCAAUGAGGUUGGAAGACACCUAUCUUUUUUUAAUUCAAAAAGCACAAUCAGUCUUUCCUUUGAAAAUCUAUAUAAAGUACAACUUUUAGCAUGAUUAUUUUCCUAAAUAAAAAGAAAUAAUUUACUUAUUUUAUGUUAAUUACGGGCAUGAAGCAAAAGGUUUUCUUUGGGGAAAAUGCAGUUCUGUGGGGUUUAAUUGGUUCUGUGCUGUCCUCUGGCACCCUGGCCUGUUGGAAGGUGGCGUUAGCCGUGUCUGUGUAGCUCUGCUUACCUGGCCUCCCGCUUGCUCCCGUGCGGCCUAGCCGCUUGCUCGUGCUGUAACCUUCACUGUGGGUGCCACAUAGGAAGGCUUGAACUGCUGGGUGGUGACUGUGAGUUGAAACAAUAAAAAUGUAUUUUUUUCAAUACUGUAUAAAAUAGUAUUCUAAUUACCCCCCCCCAAUAAAAAGUCCAGAUAAUUGCUUCUGAUCUUGUUGGAAACAGAUACAAAACAAACCCAACAAAACACGACUGGCAGAGCCAAGUUUGGGGAAUGGGCGUGAGCAGGUAGCACUCUGACCCUCGUGGGGAUUCGCUCUGCUUUGGUGAGGACACCGUUCCCUCCCGGGCAUGGCCGACAGUGCAGGAGUGCGGGGGGGGGGAGCCUGGGGCUGGAGGCUAGUGGGCGCGAUGUGUCUGAGCGUGUGGUGAAGGGGUCGCUGGGCUUGGCAGAACUGGCAGUUCCUGUGAUCCCUCCGUCCCCUCUCCCAACUCUGCGACGCCGUCUGGUGUGUGUGUUGCAGCUCCGAGUCUUGACUCUGUUAGAAAGCUGGCAGUCUUGCCGGACCUUCUCUACUUGUUGGUGACGUCAGAUUAGAUGACCGUGCCCAUAGCUGCGAAGGCCUGGAAAGAGCCUGGCUGUGGCUGGGUUCUCCAGGUGCCCAUGGGCUUUCUCGGCGCCAAGCCCCUUCGGAGGGUAGCAGUGAACCAAGCUGCUGGCACUCGCCCUGCCCGCUGGGCGACGAUUUUUUGAGGUUCUACCUGUGCCCUCCCGGGGGAAGCCGUUCUUUGCCCCUGUUGAUGGCUUGCAGGCUUGCCAAACACCGACAAGCAGAGGGGCAGGCUGGCAGCCCGAGCUGUUCCACGAGGCGUGUUCCGUGGUUGCCAACCUAAACCCUGACAUUUGACAUUUUUGUGGUAGUCUCCUCCUCCUCCAGAGUACCGGGCUUCAGCCAGCGUUCUCUGUUCAUGGAGAGUUGCCUCUGCUCUCCACACUAAGUUUUUAUUUUUUUUUCCCCCACUUCAAACUCUGUUCUAAUUGCCAACCAGCCGGUGUAGGCUCCUGAGAAGUACCCCUUUCCAGAGGAACCGUGCCCAGGAAAGGGCUCCCUGAGGUGGUAUUGGCCUCGACCUGCUACUUGCAUUUUCUAGGCCACCUUUUGGGAUGGCUAAGAAUCAUGACACAUCCUCUGCCAGUUUCUGGUUUCCGAGUCGGGUUUGAGCGCUGACAUUUUUAGUGGCGUAUAGCUUAGUCUGCUUUAGUGACUCAGAAAAGUGGAGCCGUUUACAAAAGUUAGCCAAGUUUUGUCAACUUCCAACUCAUUAGAAAUUGGGCGCUCGAACUGCACUUCCCUGGACUUCAGGGUCCAUGUCCACCAUUCUCUGGCCUCCUUGGCCAGCUCUUUAGGGACUAGAUGCAGUGGGGGCCCUUUGAGGUCAUGGGUGUGGAGGGGCGGGCUGUGGAGUGGCCGGUCAGCAGCUACUUGGAUGUGGGCGUGAGAGGAAAUGGCCUUUAAUUACUGAUUGUAUUUGGUAUACAGUGUGUGAAGCUUGAACAGACAAGGGCCUAGAGCCCUCGGCUGAAAUCUCAGCUGUCUACGGUCCCCUCCCUCCCCCUCCCCCGCAUUGUGAUGACCUGGUGGACCUGUCUGUCACCUGGUCAAAUGCCUCCUCUAUAACCUCUCAAUAGUUGUGUAUAAUGAAAACUGUAAAACUUUUUUAAAUAAAAUGUGUAUAUACCUUGGCAAA